ACGACCUUCUUCGUCUUCUUUCUUGGCCAGAUUAAAGAAACCCUGUUUUCUGCCUUCUUAUUUCUUUAUGUAGAAAACCUUUUUCUGUAUAGAUUUGGGGUUUCUGUCUUCCGUUUUCUAGCUUUGCUUUAGUGCUUUGAGCUCUCUUAUGCUUGAAGAAAAUCUUGAGUUCUCUGUUAUUUCAGAUUUAACAGGAAUCAAUUGAGGCUGUCGUGUGUUCAACAUGGGAAGGGUAGUUCAUCAACGGUCUGAUGAUGUUGAAUUGGAGAAUUAUCAUCCAGGUUGCAUGGGGGGCAUAUUUAAUGUUCUUGACCACCGUCAUUGGUAUAAUGUCAAAAAGAUUCUCCCAAACAGAAAGUUCAACAGAGGAAGACGUUCGAGAUGGUGUGCAAAUCCGCAAACUUUAUCCAUGGAACGUGAACCUGUGGAAUCCCAAAGGUUAUUAGAUGCCGAGGCUGAACAAAUCCAAGUUCAGCAGCAAACAAGGAAAGCAGGACCAACCAACAAAAGGUCUGGCAACGCGCCCACAAAAGGGUUAACUAGUAAAGAGAAGGCUAAGGAAGAGAACGAAAAUAAAGAUUGGAUUCUGGGGCAUUCUGCAAAAUCACAGUUGCAGCAAACUGAUUCAACCCAUCACCUGGAACAUUCAGGUUUCGGUCUAGGUUGGAUGAAUCCAAUUAUCCUUGUCCGCAAGCAAGGCGACACCUCCUAUACGACCUCGACAAAGAGUAAAAGGCCUGAUAUCCAUGAAAGCAAGAAUGCAGACCAACACUUCGAACAUGAAGGGAAUUCUGGAAAGCAUGCUAAUAAUAAUAGGGGAACUCGAAAUCUGAAGCCAGAGUCUAUAAAGCUCAAUAAACAAGUUUCAUACAAUCAGGUUGAGGCUGUGGAUGUUUUGGAGAUAUUUAAGGUAAACAAAGAUUUAUUCCUAGAUAUUCUUCAGGAUCCUGAGGUUCGUAUUUCACAUCAUUUUCCUGGAAAGCAAACUUCAAAGGCAGUAAAAUUAACAAAAUCAGGCUCAUUUCCGAUGCUUGAUUCACCUCGCAGUGGAUAUCUUAGGUCUAGUACACUUGAGCACAAGCAGAAGGAAGUUUGGUCAUUCCGAAGGGGCGAAAAAUCCAUCGCAGGUGCUCAAUUAUCCAAGUCAAAGACCUUGACGAGGAGCGCCAAUGGUUUUCAGGGCUUUGUCAAGGAAGAAGCAAGCUCUUCACCCCAGGCAUCUGAUUCCCAAAGAUGGAAUCAUUUAGUUAUGAAUCGUCUCAAGGACAUUAAGCAGAGAAUAAAGCAGACCCUUAAGGAAAGGCUAAAGAGUAUUAACCAUACAAGGUCCAAUGAGCUCACCCUUCUUGUUUCUUCAAGAGAUCCAUUGUCCACAAAUGAGAGAGAGGCAUUGGAAAGCUCUGAUAAAAUGGCCAGUAGUUGUCCUCCAAACAAUACCGAAGAUCAUGAUAUCGACAAUGGUAGACUCAGAAUGAUGAUAAGAACAAAGUCUAUAAAUGAGUCACUAGAGAGAUACACUCGGUUGUUUCAGCACAGUGCAAGCAACGAAGCCAAUUUGAAUCACUCAAGGAGCUUAAAGUUGAGAAAUGAAGAUGAAGUUCCAUCAAGAGGGAAUAAUGCUCCCAAGUUUUUCAGGAGGAUUUCAUCCCUAUCUGAUCUUGAAUCAUUUUGCUCCCUUCUAUAUGAGGUGCCUUAUCAUGCUUUUUCAUCGGAGAUCCCAAUCAGGAGUAUCCAAGAUAAUGAUGCAGACAAGGAAACCGAUGCUCAUAUAGAACCAAAACCAACUAGUUUCCCUGAAGAUAUUGAUAACUUAGAACAAGUAGAAGCCGUUAUAGAGGCUGAAUCGCAGGGAAACAGACGAGAAGGAUUGAAUAGCCGUGGUUCAACUGGUUUAUCAGUGGAUAAAAGCAGUGAACAAAUUGCUAAACCAUGUGAAUUCAAUGAAGAUGCAGUUGAGCUGACGCAAUCAACUUCAGAUUUAAGUGGCAUGACCAACACAGCGAAGCUUCCAUUGUCAGAAGGUUUAGGACUGAAUCAUUCAAACUUUCCCGAGAGUGAAGCAGAGUAUUUUAUGAAAGAAAGGCGCAGAACAAGCCAGGAAAGUGUUGACAAUAAAACCAUGGGAAACAGCAGUCGGCUCCUAUUCUUUGAACCAGAUAGGGAGGCUGAUCCUUGGUACAAUUAUGUCAAAGACAUUUUGGAGCUCUCAGGUUUCACACGAGAUGAGGGGCGCCAAAUAUGGUUCUCACCGGACCAACCAUUGGACCCAUCAAUGUUCAAGGAAUUGGAGACUCUAUUGCAUCCUGAACUGGAAUCCACCAUUGAUGAAUUUGGAAGUAACCGUGAUCACCGACUGAUUUUCGAUCUCGUCGAUGAAGAGUUACUUGAGAUGGGUGAAAAAUCAUCUGUAUAUUUCCCCAAGCACUUCUCUUUCAACACUAGCAUUAGCUUGAAGCUCAAGAGAAACGAUGUUGUUGAAGAAGUGUGGAUCAAAGUUAGCAAAAACCUGGCUUCCCAACCAGAACAUGACCGGUCAUUGGAUGCUAUUGUUGCUAGAGUUUUGGACAGAAACGCCUGGAUGAGCAUUCAAGCCGAAUCAGAAGUCGUGGCACUUGAGCUAGCAGAUUUAAUUUUUUAUGAGCUUUUAUAA